UAUAUUUUUUUUUGUUGAAUUUUCAAUUUAUAUUUUUUGUUGAAUUAUCUCAAUUUAUUCACAAGAUUUACAAAAAUUUAUGUACACUUGUACUACCAAAUAGUAACAGCAAACUGAUCACGUGGCGUCGUUAAACAAAUAAAUAACACUAUUAUAUUGUACUUUGAAAAAAAAAAAAAUAGAAUGCCCAAAAUUAAAACUAAUUAUGUAUAUGAAAAAAAACCCAAUCCAACGAAAUCUAGAUAACAACACAAUCUACCACUAUAACCAAUCCAUGGUCUCCACGUGUCAACCAAAGUGAUCCAUCACUGUCAUAAUCCUUCUGAGACUUUAUGACUAAAAACACAAAACAGUGUGCAAUUGGGUCAACACUUUUCUCAUAUACUUUCUCUCUUCACUUCACAAAACAGAAAAAAAUAAAAAAUAAAAAAGAUCAUGUGCAACAAGAGCAGUCCUCUAAAACCUCCACGAACCCGGAUCCGAACCCGAACUAGAAGAACCCGGUCUCAUCUCCAGAACGACGUCGUUCAGCGCCGGCCACUUAAAUCAUCAGUACCCGCUAGACGAUCCAGAACAAAGACCAGAAGACCCAAAUACCUUUCUCUCCGUCUCCAACUCUCGAAAGAAAACCAAAACGAAAACGACGUAGUAUUAUUGACACCCUCACCCUCCAGUGAAAUUACAGAAAUGACCUCGUCGCACCACUACCACCACCACCAGCUCAACCUCUUCCCCUUACAUCCGGAGAAUCUGGUCAACGACGCGACCGCCGACGACAACGUUGCCUUGCUUUUCGACUCCGACGGCGGCGCCGGCUCCCUCAACGGCCUUCUCCCGACGGCGACUCCUGCAAUGUCGGAGGAGGAGGAAGAUUCUAGUUCCCAAGCGGCGGAACGACGGCGUUUCGAUCGCGAGUACAAUUACUUAAGCGACGACGAAGAUCAUCAUAAUCAUCAUCACCACAAGUUCUUCCACGUGGACGGUCGCGAUCGGAGAGGGAAUAAUAGUAGUAACGAUUCGCUUGUACGGACGGCGAUGAGGAACAGAGAGAGGGAUUUGAGCGAGGAGAAGUGGGUUUCGUACUCGGAGGUCGUUGAGGAAGUAACUAGCUCGAGCUGUAGUACUGAGAUUUUGGAGAAGAAGAAGUUGAUCGAAACGACGUCGUCAUCAUCUAAACAGGGGUAUAAUAGUAAUUACAGUAGUAGGAGUACUAAUAAUAAGAAUUUGGCGUUAAAGCUUGAUUAUCAGGAGAUUUUGAAGGCUUGGUCUGAUAAAGGCUCACUUUAUAUCCAAGGAGAUUCACCUCAGACUGUACCUGACUUACAAGAUAAUAAUAAUAAUCAUGGAUUAGGGGAUGUGUGGGGGAAUUUGUGGCAAGUGCCUGAAAAUGAAGUUAGUAAAGUUGUGAAGAUGAUGAAAGAGGAAGGAGAAGGUAAAGAUAAUCAUAGUUGGAUUAAUAAGAUGGGUCAAAGAGAAGCCAGUGUGUUGAGAUACAAGGAAAAGAGACAAAGUAGGCUUUUUGCUAAGCGUAUUCGAUAUGAAGUUCGAAAGCUCAAUGCAGAGAAACGUCCACGCAUGAAGGGUAGAUUCGUGAAGAUAAGUUGAGGUAGUGUUGUAAAAAUGAAACAAACUAUAAUUACUACUGCAAAUAAAAGUACGACCUAGCUGUUUUUGUGCAAAAAGAAAGAAAAAAAGAACAACCAAGAAGAAAAGUAAAAGAAGUUUUCUUCUCUGUUGAUUCUGGGUACUGCUGUUAUAGUUUGGUAUUCAUAGAGAGAAGAGAGUAGAUGGUGAUUUCAAAGCAGAAUUAAUGCCCAUAAUUUCAUAUCAUAUCAUUUCAUAUAAUAUAAAUAUGCGGUUUGGCCAAUUAAGUUUGAAAAUGUAAAAGUUAUGACAUUUAUAUAAGGUACAAACAUAUCAUGUAUUAAAAAUAGAGAUGCAUGAUAGGAUCGUAGUAACAUGUACAGUUCCAAAUCUUUGCAAUAUCUUAUAUAUUAUUCUAUCA